AUGGACGACUCUGUACUUGAGUUGCCGGCCGCCAUGGACGCCCGCGUCGCCUUGACUCCGACCAGCGCCACAGGAUCCAACCACAGCGGCACCGCUCAACCCUGUCCGAGGAGCGCACCAGCUGCUACCUGCGUAGGCCGUGCUCGCCAGGCUGCGCCCGCAUACCAGCGGCGCGCCUCCUGCGCCCUGCCGACUAGAACUCCAUCGCCGGGAUAUGAACGCCGAACCGGACUUGGAUGUUUUGCUGAACGGCACAGAGCUGUGGCCGCAGCGGACGACGAGCAGCAACGGCGGCCUCGUCCUUGGCCUCGGCGGCUGCGACGGCGCAGCGCAGGCAGAGCGACGUCGUCCAAGGCCCGCUCCCAGGCUCCUCCCGCGGCGCGCCUGAGCCUCGCCCUCGCCGCUCGUCGUCGUCCCUGGCGCUCGCCCCGGCCCCAGCCCCGCGCGCUCCUUCAGCCGCGCGCCACGGGGUACGCGGCCGCGCUGCUCGUCGCCAAGGGCAGGCCAGGGAUGCUAGCCGAGGCGCGGCACGCGAGCGGACGCUCGCUGUCCAGGCCGAAGCGCCGCCGCGAGGGGUGGGAGUGCGUGCGCGGCAACAUGUCGGUUAGAGGCGGGGAGAAACACAAUAACUUCAACUCUGGACUACCUAUGGUUGGUUCUUGCAUCAGGAAUAACUACUAUGUGCCUAAGUGGCAUAAAAAGGACAGCAAAGAGCAUGCUCCAUGCCUUGAGAUACUUGCAUUCCCAUGUAAUCAAUUUGCUGGUCAAGAGCCUGGCAGCAAUGAAUAUGUGAAAGCAAAGUUUCCUAUUUUUGACAAGGUGUUCAUUGUCUCUAUUCUAAAAAAAAUAAUUUCAGAUACUCCCAAAGACUUGGAGAAUGGAGCCUCUGGAGCCAAGCAUGUUUACAAAGCUGAG